AUGCGAACCCGCCUGUACUCUACCUUUGGAGAUCUGAAGAAAGCCUUCAAUACAGGGAAUCGUGAAGUACUGUGGAAAAUCACGCUGAAAUUCGGCUGUCCUAAAUGGUUCACUCAGAUGGUGCGUCAGCUCCACAACGGCAUGAUGGCGCAAGUCACGGACAAUAGGGCCGUCUCAGAGGCAUUCGCAAUGACCAACGGAGUGAAGCAGGGCUGCGUUCUCGCGCCUACACUCUUCAGUCUCAUGUUCUCUGCCAUGCUGGUGGACGCCUAUCAUGACGAACGCCCUGGGAUCCGCAUCGCCUACAGGACGGACGGCUAA